GCAUCCCUAAAAAAAAAUAAUAGGAACAUAUUAAUGGUGAAAUUUAUUAUGCUGCCAUUAAAGAUGUCAUUCUUCAUGCAUGUGAUAUGCGUCAUAUAUGUAUACCGAUAUUUAAGUGUGUACUAAAUUAUUUAAAUCAAUCCGCCCUUAUCGGCAAACGGUUGCCUGAAUAUUACACAGCCCUCGAACCUAGCGCAGCUUUCUUACAAAAUGAAUAAUUUGAAUGAGCAGUUAAGGCAGUUAACAAUACUUAGUAACACUUCCAACAGCGACAGAUACGUGAAGCCUGGAAAGGUGGCAGCGCUUGUUAAUAGUUUGCAGCAGAAAGCUAACAAUACGAAUGAUAAGGAUAUUUCUUCGGUAUCAACGCCCUCAAUUCCACCUAAACCACUAAAAAGUUCAAUACCUCAGGUGCCACUCAGCAAGCAGAUUUCCCGAGAACCGUUGUAUUCUCGUCCACUGAGUGGAUGUGAUUUGGUUGGCAGCAAGACACCUGCUCGCGGAGUUGGUGCCGUACUUAUGCGCAAGCAACCUAUUUAUUCUGAUCAAUGUGGUGAUAGCCCGAUCACCAGUCAAACUACUUUGGACAAUCCUGCUGUAUUGGAGCAGCAGUUAGAGGCAUUGGCUUAUCAUAAAUUGCAGUUGGAAAAAAAAGGCCUUUUAGGAAAUGGAACAGGAACAGAAGUCAUGUCAACUAUCCCAAGGCUAUCGUCGACGUCCCUCAGUUCAUGUGCAAGCCAAAACACAUCAAUGCCUAUUUCGUGCAAUGCCGGAUCACAUCAAAAUGAUGAGUUCAUCAGAAAUAAUACUGCAUACGGAUAUUAUUCAAAUGUGAAAAACUCCAGUACAGUGUUCACCGAUCCCAGACCACUUUGUAUUUAUACUUGCCCCUUAACAGAAAAGGAUCUGGAAGAUGACUUACCACCACCCCCAAGCCCCGUUAGCUCUUCUUACAGCGAAUUACACCGAGCCAGUAAUGGUUUUAACAAACGCAUAGAGUUCUUAGAAAAUCUAUCCAGCAAGGACAGAUCAGCGAAAAUGUCACACAAGAAUUAUGAAAAUCAAUUCGCCGACCAAACCAUAUCUGAAAAGGACUUUCAUGGCAAACGGGGUGCAGAAUACUGUGGCUAUGGUGAACUAUCUCAGAGUUCUUCCACAUAUUACGAUUCAAUAUAUGAACCAAUAAACCCUCGGCCACCUAGCUGCUUAUCCCGCGCUAAUUACAACAUGUACGCAUCAUAUGUUAAUGAAAUUCCCACAGCAAUCGGAGAAAAUACAUCAAUAUAUUGCAAUGACAAUGCUCUAGCUGGUGGUAAGGUAGAUCAUAGCCGCACAAACCUUACUAAAGGAAUUGAAGGGGAUGGCAGUGUGGGUCAAUUUCAAUUGAAUUCUAUUGAUACAACUAACGAGGUCGAUACUUACGGUAGGUGUUCUAAAUGCGGAGAGCGUGUACUGGGUGAAAAUAGCGGCUGCACAGCUAUGGAUCAAAUAUAUCAUAUUUCCUGCUUCACUUGCUCCCAAUGCCAGGCUAAUUUGCAAGGAAAACCAUUUUACGCUCUUGAUGGGAAACCAUUCUGCGAAUAUGACUAUCUACAGACACUUGAAAAAUGUUCCGUAUGCUUAAAGCCGAUAUUGGAAAGAAUACUUCGAGCAACUGGAAAGCCAUAUCAUCCACAAUGCUUCACGUGCGUUGUGUGUGGAAAUAGUUUGGAUGCUAUUCCAUUCACAGUUGAUGCGACAAAUCAAAAUUAUUGUAUUGCCGAUUUUCAUAAGAAAUUUGCUCCCCGUUGCUGUGUUUGUAAAGAUCCCAUAAUGCCGGAUCCAGGCCAAGAAGAAACAGUGCGAGUAGUUGCACUUGACCGUAGCUUUCACUUGGAAUGCUACAAAUGUGAGGACUGUGGACUUUUAUUAUCAUCGGAAGCGGAUGGACGAGGAUGCUAUCCCUUAGAUGAUCAUGUACUUUGCAAAGGUUGCAAUGCCCGCCGUGUACAGGUAUUGACGAGCCGGAUGACCUCACAACCUUAAGGAGAUAUCAGUAAUAUUCCAUAAAUACUCGUAAUUACACGAUAAUCAUAAUAAAAAUUAUCCAAACUUAAACUGUGUAUUCUU